CUCUCUCUCUCCCUCACUCUCUCUUGUCGCUUGCUCGCCCACUUCGAAUGCAGUUGCACUACACUCGCUCACUGCGACACACGCUGAAACUUUUCUGGACAACACACAUUGAGGAGCGUAUGUGAACGCACAUACAACACGAGGACAGACAUCUCUCCGGACGCAGAGGAGGAACGAGGGAAGAAGAAUUUGGCCUCCAAAGUGCUGACAUGAGGACAGGACUGCUACUGGCAGCUUUGUGGCUGUUUCUGGUUUUCACCAUGACCGACGGACAAAACAGGCGGGAAAAAGUUCGCAAGCCGAAUGGAGGAAUGCGACGGAUGAAGAGGAAACGGGACGGGCCAGCAGGUCAGGCUGGAGUCAGAGGGGGGCGUGCAAAGGCCCCGAUGAGCCGACACCCUCUCCGCGCGGAGCCCGUCCGGGGAAACGUGAUCUUGCUGCGCUCCGACGGGGACGUGCUGCAGCAGCACUCCAGCUACGACGUUCUGCCAGGUAAGCAGGGUCAGUGCGUGUUCCAGGGCAUGACCAUGUUUAACCAGGCCGCGUGGUCUCCCACUCCGUGCGUCACGUGUCUGUGCAAUGGCGGGCGGGUGCUCUGCGACGAGCUCAUUUGCCCGGUGGCGGCCUGCCGCCUCUCGCUGGCGCCCGCCGCCAGCGGGGAGUGCUGCCCGGUCUGCAUGGACUCAGUUCCUAACGCAACAGAUCCCGACCUCGGCCUUGAACUUUCUGGUGACUCCUCAGCGCCCCGUAACCGUGACGAUUACCACGCCGUCAUGACCGACCCGCAGCUCAGCCAGGAGGAAAUCCAGCGCAUCCUCUGGCGGGAGGAGGAGGAGCACCUGGAGGAAGAGGAGCGAUUGAGGGAGCGGCAGAAGAGGAAGAGGAAGGAGAUGAGGCAGAGGAUAGCGGAGGAGAGGAGGAGGAAGGAGGAGCAGGCAGAGGAGGAGAGGAGGAAGAUGGAACAAGAAGAGAGAAGGAAAGCAGAGGAAGAGGAGAGGAGGAGGAAGAUGGAAGAGGAGAGGAGGAGGAAGGAGGAGAAAGAUGCAUGGGAGAGAGAGAAAAAGCUGAGAGAAGAAAUCCUGCAAGAGGAGGGCGAGGAGGUGUGGUUGAGAGGAGACGUCUUCCAAAUGCUCCCCGAAGAAGACGAGGAACCCGAGGAACCGGAUCUCCUCCCCGCUCCCAUCCCAAGACCUCCGGCUGCCGCAGAGGAUGAAUUGAAGGAGGAGGAGGAGGAGAAAAAGGAAGAAGAGAAUGAGGCGGGUGCAACGGGAGGAGGCCUUCUUCCUCCUGGCUGCGACAUUUCCGAUGUCACGCUGACUUGCAACGACGCUAAACUGACGUACUUCCCUCCUCUCCUCAUGCCGCGGCUCAAGUCUCUCAGCCUGGAGGGCAACAACAUCAGCAGCAUCCCAGCGGAGGCCUUCAACGGCAUUCCCAACCUGGAAUGGAUCAACUUGACAAAGAACAAACUCACGUCGGCGGGGAUCGAUUCAAGAGCCUUUCAAAAUCUGACGAUGCUGCGGCGGCUGUACUUGGACGGGAACCUUCUCGACGUGGUUCCUGCCAAUCUACCGGCCGGCCUGCAGGAGCUGAAAGUCAACGAGAAUCGAGUGCAGAAGAUCUACGAAAACACUUUCCAAGGUCUAAGCGCUUUGGUGAUUCUGGAGCUUGAGGCCAACCUUCUGAGCGAGGCCAACAUGGACGCCAGAGCCUUGGCGCCCCUGCUCCAGCUGUCCUACCUGCGACUGGGCCGAAACCACUUCCGAACCAUCCCCCAGGGCCUCCCGGCUUCACUCCUGGAGUUGUACCUGGAGAACAACCUGAUUGAAGAAAUCCCAGAGGGCAUCUUCAACAACAGCAAAAACCUCAACGUGCUUUCCCUCAGGCACAACAGGCUGGAGGAGACCAGGAUCGCCCCUCUUGCCUGGAUCUACCACAGGAGUCUGGAGUCGCUGGACCUUUCCCACAACAGGCUGUACCUGGUGCCGUCCUACCUGCCCAAGUCGCUAGUUCACCUGGUGCUGGUGGGCAAUCGGAUUGAGAGGAUACCUGGCUUCGUGUUUGCCCACAUGGAUCCCGGACUGGAGUACUUGUACCUGUCCUACAACAAACUGGACGGCGAGGCCAUCGAACCAGAGUCCUUCUUUGGGUCCUACCACUCCAUGGUGGAGCUGUGUCUGGACCACAACCAGCUGCUCAACGUGCCUUCGGGCAUCAACGAGAUGACCAACUUGCACUUCCUCAGACUCAACAACAACAAGAUCAGGAGCGUUCCUGAAGAGAGCAUCUGCGAUCCGGAGCGCAGCGGCGACUCCACGUUGGUGGCCGUGAGGCUGGAGAACAACUUGAUCGAGCCGCUUAAAGUUUCCCCCUCGGCCUUCUCCUGCGUGCGCUCGUCGUCCAGCGUAGUCCUAAAACCCCAGAAAACCAAAUGACCCCGCCCGCCACCAAAACACCUUUGCAACCAUAUUUCAAUUAGCAACCUCAGACAUACACAUGUAAACUUGAAAACCUUCAGCGGAGUGGGAUUUCCGAAAAUACAAUGUCAGGUCAACUAUUUUCCAAUAAACACAUCCAACAUUG